AUGAAGACAUUUCUUAUUGCAGCAUUGAUAACUUAUGUAUCGGCACUGAACGAGGAAUUGUUGCACUACGUUAGCGAUGAUGUACCCAGCGGCUCUUAUAAAUAUUACAGCUUGACAUAUGACGGUAAUAUUAAGAUACGGUUGACAUCAAUAACAGGAGAUGCAGAUUUAUAUGCAUCACAGAUUAUAAGCAAACCGACGUACGAGCCGGAUCAUUAUUGUCUGCAAUCCACAACUUGUGGAGAAGAUACUAUUUUCAUACCUAAGAGCUUUAAACGGCCUGUAAGUAUUGGUGUUUAUGGCCAUCCGUCGCACGAAAUUAGUAAAUACACUUUGUUGGUGUCUGAAGUAAUAGUUGAGGACGAUACUUCAUCUUACGACGAGACAUCAGGAAAUACUUACAAAACUCGUGAUAGAAUCAGAGAUAUUUUAUUUUUUGCCAAUCUGGAUCUCUUAUUUGAAUUAUUGUUUUGA